UUGGUAUUUAACUAUUUAUCAGUAGCCAUGUUAUUAACAAUGCUCUUGUUUCACUGGCUGCAGGAUGAAAUUUCAAGCCCAAUCAGUGCUAGACUUUUUGAGCUAUGUGACUCUGAUUUGUUCCCAGAAGCACUUCAAAACUCUGAGGUUACUUCAAGCUCAAAUUGUUGCUAUGAAGAGAACUCCUCAUAUGCAACAAACAUGUCUCUAGCAUUAGAAGUAGAAACCAAGUUCAAUAACAAUAACAAUAACAAUAAUACAAAUAGCAAUAAUAGCAAUAACAGUGUCACCACCCCAAGUAGCACCACCACCACCAACAACAACACAACCAACAGUAGUAACCUGUCAAUCAUCUUUGACUCUCAAGAAGAGCUUGACAAUGACAUCUCUGCCUCCAUAGAUUUCUCAUCUUCACCUGCAGCUUUCAAUGUUCCACCGAUGUUCCCAGUCACAACAAACCAUCAUCAAGAACAGUUUGAUUUCUCUUCUNNNNUGACACUAGUGCUGUUGCCUCCUCCUCCUCCUCUCAUGGGGGCUCCUCAAUUGCCUUCUGUCUUUGAAGAGGAUUGCAUUUCUUCUGCUGUUCCUUCUUAUGUCACUCUCAACCCUUCUUCUCCUUCUUGCUCUUAUCUCAACCCUGCUGCCAUUCCACCACCUUACAUGCCUCCUGCUGGUCCCCUGGCCACCGCCUUGUCGGCCGACCGUGCCGCUUUGUUCACCGGAAGCAUGCUUCUUGGCUCUGAGCUUCAGAGACCAGACCUUGAAUACCAAGGUGAAAAUGGUGGAAUUUAUUGUACAGAUUCAAUUCACAGAGUGUUUAACCCUCAAGAGCUUCAGGCACUUAGUACUGAGAGUCAGCAACUAGUGGCUGGAGGUGGGAGUUCUGCCAACUUAACACCAGAAAUCUCAAACUUGGAGGACUCUAGCUUCAAGGUUGGGAAACUCUCUGUUGAGCAAAGAAAAGAAAAGAUUCAUAGAUACAUGAAGAAAAGAAAUGAAAGAAACUUCAGCAAGAAAAUCAAGUAUGCCUGCCGCAAAACUCUGGCAGAUAGCCGGCCGCGAGUUCGAGGAAGGUUUGCAAAGAAUGAUGACUUUGGAGAUGCUCAGAGACCUGCAAGUAGCAAUCAUGAAGAAGAAGAUGAAGAAGAACAGGUAGUUGUGAAAGAAGAAGAUGAUAUGGUUGAUUCCUCAGAUAUCUUUGCUCAUAUCAGUGGAGUGAACUCCUUCAAAUGCAACUAUUCCAUCCAGUCCUGGAUUUGACUAAAACAAAAACCAAAAAAAAA